GUGGCACGAGAGCUGUUUCUCUUCGUGGGGAACAAUCACGUAAGAAACCUACAAAUUUGAUGGGUAUUCUUAUUCUAAUAGGCUAAAAAGUUAUCCAAGAGGGGAAGGAUUCUAUCCUUUCAUCGAUCACAGCCUUCUUUCUCUCAUUUCCGUCUCAUACCUACACACAAAAAUAAUUUAACGCCACCCAGAAGAAGAACAAGAAGAAGAAACGGUGAAAUCUUUGAGAUGGGGGUCGCUAAUACUUCAUGGGUUGCCGGCCAAGCUAUACCCAUGCUUCAAUUCACUCCCUUUUGCUGCUUCGAUUUACCCUUCAAGAAAUCUAAUGAUUCGAGGCUGAUUAUGGGUUGGGGUUGCGCUAUUAAGAAUCAGGGCAAGCUUUCGAUUACUUCGACUAGGAAUUCCAGGAAUUCUCCCUUGUACUGUCGUUGCAGUGGAAAUGACAAUAAUAUCAGCGGCAGUUGCAGUAAUAUUAGGUCUUCUUCUUCUCCUUCUUCUUUGGAAUGGGAUUGGAGUCGGUGGAGCCGCUAUUUCUCUGAAAUGGAACAGGCCGAGAGCUUUGCCUCUGUUCUCAAGUUUCAACUUGAAGAGGCCGUGGAGAAAGAAGAUUUUGAAGAAGCUGCAAAGUUGAAACUGGCUAUAGCUGACACUACACAAAAGGAUAGUGUUGCUGAAAUCAUGUCCCAGCUGAAGAGUGCAAUAGAGGAGGAGCGAUACCAAGAUGCAUCGAUGCUGUGUAAAUGCACAGGAAGUGGACUGGUGGGCUGGUGGGUGGGGUACUCUCAAGAUUCAGAGGAUCCCUUUGGCAGAUUAAUCCGUAUAACUCCUGGAGUUGGCAGGUUUAUUGGUAGGGGUUACAGUCCUAGACAGUUGGUUACUGCAUCGCCAGGAACUCCACUGUUUGAGAUUUUUGUUGUCAAAGAUGAUGAAGGGGGAUAUGUCAUUCAGGUAGCGUACUUGCAACGAUCCAAAGGAAAUUCAACAGUCUCAACAAGUCCACCAUCAGAACCUUCAAGUAGCCCGUCCACAUCCGGAGUUAAGAAUGAAACUGUUGUAGUCAUUCCUGAGAACGAAGUCACGAGGGAGCAAAAUGAGGAGAAGGGCACUGAUUUGGACGAAGCUACCGAGGAGGGAAUAAAGGGUGUGAUAAAUUUUUUGAAAGAUAAAAUUCCAGGAUUGAAAGUUAAAGUAAUGAAUAUCAAUGCUCCUGAGGAAGUCAUAGAGGAUGCUAACUCUGUUGAGCAUUUGAUGCAAGAAGAUAAUGAGAAAACAGGGACUAGUGGCAGUUCUGACGAUGAAAUGGACAAGUUGGAUGAGAUUCAGCCUGAGACGGUUUCGUUAGGAGAGAACAGUGAUGCCAGUGACGACGAAAAGGAUUUGGACAUGAAGCUUUAUAUCGGUGGGGUUGUACAUAACAGCGAAGAGGCUCCUACAAAGGAUGAGUAUGUUCGCCAUCCAGCUAAUAUUAAGGAUAUGGAUAGAGAUUCUUUUGUGCUGCAUAUUUCUGGAAGAGGCCUAGAUCUCGAUGCUGCAGAAGAUAAAGUCUCGAAGGUCAAAGUCGCAGCUUUAGCAGCCCAAGGUGUUUCCGAGCUUAUGCCAGCUGAUGUUGCCAAGGCAUUUUGGGGCGUCGAUAAGGUUUCGCCAAAGAUUUCGAGGAACGUUCGUGAGAUAGUCAAACUGGCUGUCAGUCAAGCACAGAAGCGGAGUAAACUAUCUGAAUAUACUACGUUCAAUCGGAUUAUCACAUCGAGGGGAGACCGAGAUCCAUUUGAUGGUCUCUACGUUGGUGCAUUUGGCCCUUAUGGCACUGAGGUGGUGCAGUUGAGGCGAAAAUUCGGACAUUGGAAUGAUGUGGAUGACAAGGACAAGCCUUCAGAGAUGGAGUUCUUUGAGUAUGUGGAAGCAGUAAAGCUGACUGGUGAUCUUAAUGUUCCUGCAGGCCAGGUCACUUUUCGAGCUAAAAUUGGGAGAGGAAACCGCUCUGCCAGCCGUGGAGUGUAUCCAGAUGAACUGGGAGUGGUUGCUAGUUAUAAAGGUCAAGGACGAAUAGCUGAAUUCGGGUUCCAAAAUCCACAAUGGGUUGAUGGAGAACUUCUCCAACUAAAUGGCAGGGGUAUCGGUCCAUACGUCAAAGGUGCAGAUCUCGGGUUCCUCUAUGUCGUUCCUCAGCAAAGUUUCCUCGUACUAUUCAACCGUUUGAAGUUACCGGAGUGAAGUAUGCUCGAUUCUCACCUCACGACCUGCUUCAAAUUCCCUUCUUGAAUUGAAAGAGUUGCAGUGCUUGCCUUGACAACAGGAAGAAAAUUCCAGCCUCAGUAACAAAAGGUUCAAGCAAAGAAGACUCUUCCAGCUAUGUAUCUAUCUCCCACUGCAUUUCUUCUUUCAGUAAAAAUUUUGAGUCUUUAAUAAUGUCUACUACCUUUUCCCCUGAGGUAUGUAUCAAAUUUUGAUGAUUUUAACAUAUAAUAGUGUGAUUCUGGAUGAGUUUUUGUGAGCA